CAGCUGUUCAAAAACAGAAACUCUUUUCGGCAGCUGUAUUUGGGUUGCUCUACUUUAUUUUGUAUAAAAAUUUGUACUAAAUUAAUAGUAUCAGUUGAGCUAAACGAAGCUAUUCGCCUGGUCAGAUAAUUGGACCGGCCAGCUUAUAUAAUUCAAAUACCGGAUGACUCUAUAUAGCAGAUCUGUGCAACGUCUGCUUGACAGUUGGCCUGGUAAGCAGCGCUUUGGCAUCUACCGCUUUCUGCCGAUAUUCUUUGUUCUGGGCGCGGCGCUGGAGUACUCCAUGAUCAACUGGACCGUGGGCGAGACGAAUUUCUAUCGCACGUUCAAGCGCAGGCAGGCGAAAAACUACGUGGAGGAUCAACUGCAACAGCAGCAGCAUCAACUGAAGGAAUCGAUUUAAUCAUGCCCGCCGGAGUCUCGUGGGGCCAAUACAUGAAGUUCUUGGGCAGCGCAAUGCUGGCCAUGAUGGCCGGCUCCCAGGCAGUGCAUAUGUACUUUAAGCCCCUGGACGAUUUGCCCGUGUACAUAGAGAAGGAGAAACAACAACUACA